GUACCAUGCAGGAGCGGUUCCACUUGUCUAAGCAGUCCGUAGCUUUCUUUCGUCCUUUGUGCAUCGUUACUGACGCAUGCAAAUCACGCUCUCACAAAGAGACUUGCACUAGACAUCAUGUAUGCGCUAAGAAUCCUGGCACCUCGUAUAGACUCCAUGGCCCCGAUGGACCUCUUUGCUACACGGCGUCCGACUGUUACAGUCAUAUAUGUAUAGCACCCUACUUAGGGGGUGGUCAGAAUACUCAAUGCUUCCCGAUUGAUGUCGUACGUUGCCUCCGCCCAGUACUACUACUAGUGAUUCUCUGUGAUUUUGAUACCAUUCACGUAGGGCAACCAUUGCGAUGGCAACACAGGGUGCAUUACCAGUAAGUCCAGUUUCGUGCCACCCUUGUCACGAUGGUUCGGUGCAAUUGCCUUAUUAAUCGUCCCCCCAUGAACCAAAAGACAAUUGCACACACCACCAUUGUUUGCCUGGAGGCCCAGGUUCCCCAUGUUACUUCGG